AUGCGAAUUUUGCGCUUGGACGUCACGAUCGCAAUAUCAUGUCUCACUUUAGUCUCGCUGACGGUGACUCAGUUCCUUCGGGUUCCUUCGCCGAGCUAGGCGACCUCCUGGCUUCCCUUCGCAAUCUCCUGCGUCCGACAGACCUUUAAUUUUGUAGGUGCUUCAAGGGCAAAACCAUGGAGUACGUUACUUGAGCUGACUGGCCGCACGUCGACAGAUCAUGUUUCCUAUUCUAUCCUCGGCCAAUCUUCGACGAGUCCUGAUGCACGCGUCGGCGACAGCAUCACUCGCCCUGCUCUUUUCGAUCCUGGCCACGAUACCGCGUGUAUACGCCUUACCGGCAUACCGGAUACGACCGAGGCAGACUCAGACGAUGAACAACUUGACCUUCGCGAUCGCUGCGACUUCGAAAGACAGUACGGCGCUGUCGAGCAACACGAUCACGUUGAUCAAGCAAAUGCUCAACAUGACCGCGCUCGAAAGGUACGUGCGCAAUGCGACCUCCUGCAAGCUCAGCGUUUCCUUCAACCAUGGCCGGCUUGGUCCUGAAAGAGGUGCAUGAGACUCCUUACCACUACUUGGAGUGAUCUACCACCAUCUUGCUCGACUUUUGUGACUGCUGAUCUCACGAGGACCCAUGUGGACGCGCUGGCGGUCACCUCCUUCUGACGAGCGCAACCUGCCGAAUCUUCAUGACGUAGUUCCACUCGUUGGACCGGAAGUCUUGGGCCCGAAGGCGCGCCCAGCCCUGCGGGUGGGGCCCAGCCGUGCGGGUGGGGCCCAGCCGCCGCUCCGACACCGAGCACAGCCUUAAGAGUUUGACCCGUCAUCUCACGUACUGAUCCUCCACGCCAAACUUUGUUUCGUCUUUACAAUCAGUUGGGAGAUUGGCGCUCAUAUACAAGCACUUCUUGAAUAGUGAGUGCCAACGGCGAUCUGAAUCGGCAUACGAUUCUCGGCACAUGCGAUCGACCUCGGAAACGUGUCGAGAGUGUGCCCCUCAGGAGGUCCCCACUGACCACGAGGUUCUUCCGUCGUCUUUUGCAGUGAUUAUCCAGUCCUCGCGGUUUUUUUCGACACGUACACGGACCUACCGCAGGACACCAUUUACCCGUACCCUGUCAUGUCGCUGGUCGGCUCGGUCGUCUCGCGCAGAGCCCCUAACUCGCUCCAGUUGAUGCCCGACGGAUCCGCCGCCGAUCCCGCGAGCAUCGGUGUGGCUACCAUUUUGGCCAACUAUUCGAUCCGGGCGGAUGAUCGUGCUCAAUUUGGAACGGCUGCGGAGGAUCAGUUGGAGGCUUUGCUACUUCACACACCAAGAACAGCGGAUGGUGCAAUUUCGCAUCGUGCUGAUGAGCUCUCCUUGUGGUACGUGACCUGGUCCGAAGGGGCUACUGCCCCCUCGGAUCGUCGUGCUGACUUUGGAUCGUUUCCCCCUCUCUAGGGCCGACUCUAUAUGUUCGUUAUCUCGCCUCCGUCAAAUUUGACGCGGUAAUUAUUUUUCCACGGCGUGCAGCAUAAGCUAACCUCUUGCCAUCCUGCCGCUUCACAGACAUGGUUCCACCUUUUUUGGCCUACUAUGGGACCAUCAACGCGAACAUGUCGCUUAUUCAAGAAGCAUACGACCAGUGUCGACUGUACCGACAAAACCUCCGCAACGCAAGCUCGGGCUUGUACAAACAUAUCCUGUGGGGUUCAAACCCCGAUCCCGACCCCUGGGCCACUGGCAACGCUUGGGCCGCUGCUGGAAUGUACGUCCUUUCUUGAGCAAGGAAGGGCUUCAUCUUUGCUGACAGUCUCGUGCGUGCACUCGUUUCAGGAUUCGAGUAUGGGCAACGAUCAUGAAUUCGAACUAUGCGUCCGACUUUGCGUCGCAGGCGAAUGACUUGGCGUCCUGGACGAUGCAGAUCGUCGAAGCAGCUUUCAGUUUACAAUCUGUGAGUCUGCCGCAGUGAACUGUGUCCAACAUCGAAGUGAACUGACCGCUCACCUUACACUGGUGCCUCGACCUACACAGGCCAAUUUGCUGUUCCACAACUACUUGGACAACCCGAAUACAUUCACCGACGCCGCCUCAACGGCUCUGCUCACAGCGGUGUCGUUCCGCCUGGCGCAGUUCAAGAUUUCCGAAUCGACGCUGGCCAAAGCACAAGAAACGCGCAUCGCUCUCCAUUCCCACAUCUCGAGUACGACAGGUCUGCUAUCGCCCGUCGUCGAUCCCCUCUCGUUCGGGCGAAUUGGUCAGCAGUCACCCGAGGGUCAAGCGUUCGUGUUGAUGAUGGAAGCCGCAUGGGCUGACUAUACGGCCAUGUCGACGGUGCCAAACCCAAUCGGUGCAUCUGAAACCGAAUCUUUGGGGGACUCGAAGGCCAACGCGUCGAGUAGCGGCACAUCGGGUGCUCGGACUUUGCACGGUGGCGGUAGCGAGUGGACAAGGGAUGUGAUGACCGUGGCGCUGGUACUCGCGACGGUGUAUGCGAUCUAUGCCUAA